GUUGAAUAUUGAUACUAUAUAGUAUAUGAAUGUGUAUGCACUUUGAAUGUGUAUAUAAGAUGAUGUUGCAAUAUUGUCAGCACAUUUAUUGAUUUGGGCACUCCUGAUUGGUUUCUGUCCCCACUUGACAUCAAUGAUUCAUUGGUCAUUUGGUUGGUUGCUGAACUAGUUGAUCACUUUUUUCAUUGGUUCUGGUGUUCUGAUGAUUCAUCUCUGCCCUUUUCAUCCUACAGAAUAAAACCGAGGACAAGAUUCAAGAAUUGAUAUUGAAUAGCAAGCUGAAGAGGAACUUCAGAACAAGAAAAGCAAAACAAGAUGGGUUUCUUGGAGCUAUUGGAGGUGGCUUCUAUGCCAAUUGUUCAAGUGCUGAUUAUCAGUGCAGUGGGAGCUUUGAUGGCAACUCAGUAUUUUAACAAUCUUCUCUCAGCAGAGUUCAGGAAAUCUUUGAACAAGGUUGUGUUCUUUAUAUUCACUCCUUCACUUGUAUUUUCCAGUUUUGCAAAGAGUGUUUCGCUUGAAGAUAUGAAAUCAUGGUGGUUUAUGCCGGUUAACGUUGGACUUACAUUCUUAAUCGGAGGGAUUCUAGGAUGGAUACUUGUAAAAUUGCUGAAGCCUAAUCUGAAAGUGGAAGGCCUUAUUCUUGCUGCAUGUUCAUCAGGAAAUAUGGGCAACCUUCCUAUUGUAAUUAUCCCUGCUAUCUGUGAUGAGAGUAAAAGUCCGUUUGGUUCACGCGAUGUUUGUCACAACAAAGCACUCUCUUAUGGAUCUUUCUCAAUGGCGCUCGGUGGCAUCUUCAUCUGGACCUAUACUUACCAGACGAUGCGAAGCUGUUCAAUGAGAUUCAAGGAACUUGAGGCUGCUGAGGCGUUAAAUGUUCCCAACAAAAAUCUUGAUGCUAAUGCAGAACCUCUCCUUCUCAAACAAAAAGAUAAUGAAAACUCAGUGACAGAAGUGCCACCAUCUGAUUAUAUUGGAGAUACUGAAAACCAAAUUAUCCUAGACCAAGAUCAGUCCAAUGUAUCUAACAAGGGGAAGGAAUCUUCUUGGCACAGAAUGAUAGAAGUUCUAAGCCAUUUUCUGGCAGAACUAAUGUCACCACCAGCAAUUGCUACAUUUUUUGGUUUCCUCUUUGGUGGGGUUUCAUGGUUAAGGAGCCUACUAAUCGGAGAGAAUGCUCCACUGAGAGUGAUCCAAGACACUCUUCAAUUACUUGGGAAUGGAACAAUUCCUUGCAUCACCCUUUUGCUUGGUGGUAACCUCACUCAAGGGUUGAAAUCAUCAAGUGUAAAACCAUUGACACUCAUCUGCAUCAUCAUAGCAAGGCUUUUCUUACUUCCUGCUAUUGGAUUGAUCAUUGUCAAAGCAGCAGCAAAUCUCAAUUUUCUACCAGUGGAUCCAUUGUUUCAGUAUGUGCUGGUGAUGCAGUAUGCUAUGCCACCUGCCAUGAAUAUUAGUACCAUGGCUCAGUUGUUUGAUGUAGGAAAUGAAGAAUGUUCAGUUAUCCUUUUGUGGACAUAUAGUGCUGCAGCCGUAGCACUUACUGCUUGGUCAACAUUUCUCUUGUGGGUAUUAGCUUAAGGUGUCUUCAGCUUCUGAAUUUUCUGCCUCAGCAGCCAUCAAAAGAAUUAAAGAACACCAUUUAGAAGAAAGAAAGAAGUGCUUAAAAUUUUUUAGUGAAUUUUUGGCAUUGUUGAUCCCGAUAUCAAUCAUGCCAGAAAACAAAGAAGAGUGAGAAAAUAGGCUCUUUUUCUUCUUGGUACACAUAAUUUAUAUGUUUGCUUCGUAGUCCACCCAUAUUUUUCUUACUCCCUUCCCUACAGGGACAGGUGAUAUUGGCCUAUUGGGUAUUGAUUUUUUACUAUUUUACUUAGACCUUCCAUUUGUAAGUCCAUUUGAAAAUCUAUGUAGUGCAAUUUUUUUAUUUUUUAUUUCUAUGUAAUUUUAGUUAAAAAAUUCAGAUAUAAAUUGCAAUGUUCUUAUCAUCAAAAUUUAUAAAAUUUGAGUUUAUAA